CUCACUCUGUCAGCACAUUAUCUCUCAACGUAAAAAUUAAUUUGCUCUUUUUUUCUCCGACCUCCACGGCCGCACACUUUGACUCCGUUUGUUUACAUUUCCCGUCCGAAACUUUAUUUGUCUAUCAUUUCUGUCCCCAAAUCCAUGGCGGACCAGGAAUCGCGUCCUGCUGAGUGGGGUCCUGGCAAAACACCCCAGGGCAGAGCUCGUCUACCGUCAAGCAGGCCACGCGAAAAGCCACAGCUGUCAUGCAACCUGUGUAGAAGGAGAAAACUACGAUGUGACCGUCAAAGACCCUGCAGCAGCUGUGUACAACGAGAGCUCGGCCUGUCGUGCACGUACGCCUCUGACAGAGUUACAGGCGGCGAUGCGGCACACCAGCCUCGUGUAACCACACAGGACCGCAUCCGCCACCUCGAGAGUCUUGUUUUCGAUCUGAUGCAGCAAUCUUCCGUCAACCAGGGCCAGCACGGAGGAGGAACACCUUGUUCCCCCGUAGGCAGUACCCGUUCCCCCGUGGACACUGCUGUGACUACACCCGCCGAUUACGGGAGCAUGCAGUCCACGGGCGGAGGAGCGAAUUACGUGGGGAGUUCGCACUGGGCUGCUGUUCUCGACGGGAUUGCCGAGCUCAAAGAUCAUUUCGAUAACGAGGAGGAGGCGUCUCAUCCUGAUGUACAGAGUGUUGAGUCGCCUGCUGCUGACAUGACUGGCCCCCAGUUGCUCUACGGCUGCCCCAAACCCGCUAGCAAGGACGAGAUACUGGCGUCGAUCUUAACCCUAAGCCGCCCGGUAGUAGACCGAUUGGUCUCACGCUAUUUUAACUCCUUCGAGAUGUCGCCCGCCGUGCUGCACAGCGUGCAAUUUCUCAAGGAAUAUGAAGACUUCUGGGAUGACCCAUCUGCAGUGUCGCCCCUCUGGUUGGGCCUUUUGUUCACCAUUAUGUGCUUGGCAACCCAAUUCGAAAAGUUCCGCCUCGACCCUGGCGUGCAGUCCCCCGCGGCUCUGUCCAUGGAGAGAGAUCUCCAGAAGAUGGCGGAUACGUACAGGCUGAGGAUUGGCCAAUGCCUUGUUCUUGGCAACUAUACCAAAGGUGGUCCUUACGUGCUGGAGACGCUUAUGCUGUACAUUGCCGCUGAGGUGUUUUCGAGCACGGAUGCGGAGAUCGACAUUUGGAUCCUGACGGGGAACACGGUUCAGAUUGCCUUGCAUAUGGGCUAUCAUCGAGAUCCGAAGCAUUUCAAGGGCAUGUCGUCUUUUGUUGCGGAGAUGCGGAGAAGGGUCUGGGCAACUCUUGUUGAGAUGGAUCUUGUCCUUUCUGCUCAAAUGGGGCUACCAAGGAUGAUCAAACAGUGGCAGACUGAUACGCAAGAGCCGUCGAAUCUUCAAGACAGUGACUUUGACAAGACCACGGUUGAGAUGCCUCCGUCGAGGCCAGACACAGACUUGACGCCAAUUCUCUACCGUCUUGUCAAAGCAAGAUUGAUGACAACGGUCGGAUAUAUCUGGGACUUUGCCGCAGAUGUCCGACCGUACACAUACACUGAAGUUGAGAGAAUGGACAACAAACUGGAUGAAGCACGCAAGUCGAUCCCAGACUGUCUCCGAUGGCACUCCUUCGCCCGCUGCAUCACAGACUCACCCCAGAACAUCAUGCAGAAAGUCGUUCUAGAAACACUGUUCUACCGCGCAAAGAUCGUUCUCCACCGAAAGUUCAUGUUCGGUCCCCCAGCAAACUUCGCUGAUUCCAAGCGCAUCGUCUUGGAAUCAGCACUCAAGCUUCUAGAUUACCAACACAUGCUGCAAGAAGAAACACAGCCCUUCUGUCAGCUCUACCAAGAAAGGUGGAGAGUUUCGUCAUUGGUCAACCAUGACUUUUUGCUAGCUACGAGCAUCUUGUGUUUCUAUCUGCAGAACACGAAACGCGAGGGCAUGCAGGUUUCUGAGUCAGCGCCGAUGGAUGAAACCAUUCUGGUAUCCCUCAGAAAAUCUUACGACAUUUGGUUGCAGUCGAGUAAUUCAUCGAAAGAGGCGAGAAAGGUUGUGAAAGCAUUGACUGUAGUUCUUGGAGUCAGCAAUACUUCAGGUACAGAUUCAGGGUUUGACUCGAGCAUGUCAUUCGGUGUUCCUUCGGGGUAUGCAUCAUCCAGCAUCAACGAUUAUCAAUCAGAGAUCCCAGCCGGUCUCGGCUCACAGUUUCCAGUGCUUGAUGGCACGAUGAUGCCGAACUGGGCCACGUUUGCGGAUGAUUUACUGGCUGCGCCGAUGGCUACCCCGAGUAAUGAGUGGCAAGUAAUGGAUGGUAAGUCAACCUUGAGGGUCCCAUGUACUUUCAGGGUUUAAUAAUUAGAGCUGUAGAGACGGUGGAUACAAUGGGGUCUUUGACAUGGCCAUGGAACCUGCAAUGACAUGCGUUGGGAGGGGAAGUGGAUAAUGAGAAUCUAGACUGAGAGGAUUAAUUUGGCUACAAAGGGUGGGAGCGGUUAAUUCCGUGAUAAACAUGCAAUAUUCCGCCAUUUGUUGAGCAAUUGCCAAGUUUUUGAGACCAAUCAUUACGACAGAAACAGUUACCGUGGGAGCUUGGAGACGCCUGGUUCGUAUACGAAAAUUAAUAGCGAAUUCGACCCCUGUAUUUCCCC